AUGCCCUCUCUGAUUGUUAUUUGCAUACUCUUAAUUGCUGUUCUAUACCCCUCCUAUUCGCAUCCUCCGCAUCAUUACAAUGUUCUGCGCUCGAAGGCCCUGGGAUCAACAGAACCCGGACGUGUCAAUCCUCACAAGGAGAAAGUGUUCAUCGCAAGCAGUAUCUACGACAAGCAAGGUGAACUUGCAUCGGGGCCAUGGGCGCAAAAUCUACUCGAUCUUGUAGAUCUGUUGGGGCCUGAAAACGUGUUUCUCAGUAUAUUCGAAGACGACCCAGACAACUUGGCAAGAGCUUCCUUAGAGCAGUUCUCGAAGCAGCUUAAAUGCAAUUCUUCAAUAGUUGUGGGUCAUGUUGAUCGCGCGGCUUUGCCACACAUAGAGCUUCCCACCGGCGAAAGGAGGCUCAAGCGCAUAGAGUUCCUAGCUCACGUCCGCAACCGCGCCUUAGCACCUUUGGAAGACCCAAACUCACCCGCAUUUUUAUUGCACUUCGACAAGCUGCUUUACGUCAACGAUGUUGUCUUUGACCCCAUUGAUGCUGCGAACCUCAUUUUCUCUACUAACAUGGAUGAAAACGGCAAGGCCAAGUACCAUGCUGCCUGCGCUGUCGAUUUCAUCAAUCCCUUCAAAUACUACGACACGUUUGCAACGAGAGACUUUCAAGGAAAUCGCAUUGGCGUGCCCAUCUAUCCGUGGUUCAGUGGUGCAGACAGCUCAGACAGCAGGAGAGAUGUGCUUGAUCAAAAAGACGCCGUGAGGGUGCGAAGCUGCUGGGGUGGCAUGACUGUCUUUAACAGCGCGAGAUGCACAACAACACCAAUCCGAUUCAGAGCCAACCCCGAUACAUAUUGGGACGCUUCCGAGUGCUGUUUGAUUCACGCUGAUCUUGAGGUGGCCGUUCAGCGCUCUGACUCGUCAUCAGCUGAUAUUUACCUGAAUCCUUACAUCCGGGUCGCAUAUAGCAGCAGGACGUUUUCCUACCUCCUCAUCAGCCGCCGGUUCGAACGUUUGUUUGCUCCGCUUCAGAAGUUACUGAACGCGAGUCUCGGUUUGCCGGUCAUGAAUUCUAGAAGAACACAAGAGGUGGGAGAACAGGUAGCUCUUCCGGGUGGGUUCUGUGGGGUGAAUCAACUCUCUGUACUCGGCGAAGGUAGUGAGAUUAGACAAUGGUUCAACGAAGCGGUGGAGAUGCCGACUCUUGAAGAAUAG